AUGGCCACCACAGGCGAGAAUAUGGGCGUUGGCGUUUUGCAUCCAUCCCACUGGCCUCCUACUGACCAGACCCAGAAGCAACCGCGCACGAUACUCACAAAGCCUUUGCAGACCAGUACGGCGAACGCCACCACUCCCACCACGACCGCGACCGCGACCGUGACCGCAGACACCGCGACAGAGACCACCGCGACCGUGACCGCUACGACUCUCGUCGGCACUCUGACCGCGAUGGCCACCGCGACCGCGGCAACAGGGACCGCGGCGACCGUGACCGCUACGGUGGCGGGCCCGUCGGAGGGCGCGAAGACUACGAAGAAUUUGCGCGGCGUCAUCGUGGCGAAGAUGACCGUCGUCGGGAUCACCGCCGGGAUGACGACCACGCUGGCCAACGCCGGCCACGGGAUGAGGGUGACAGAGGAGGAGGAGGAGGAGGAGGGGGACGGGGACGGGGACGGCAGAGAGAUGGGCUGGGCACACCCGAGAGGAGGCUACGAGCAGUACACCGCUAUGCAGGCCAAACAAACCGGUCUGUUCAACCUUCCCGGCGCAAACCGGACCCAAAUCCCAGCUAUUCUUGCAAUCCCCGGUCUCCCUCCGCCUAUGCCUGUGUCCACAUUCGGUAUGGGCACUGGCGUCAACCCUAACCUGUCCAGACAGUCUCGUCGCCUCUACAUUGGUAGCAUUACGCCAGACAUCAACGAACAAAAUUUGACCGACUUCUUCAACUCAAAGAUGAAGGAAAUGAGCCUCGGCACUGGUGCACCUGGCAACCCUGUGUUGGCUGUUCAGUGCAACUACGAGAAGAAUUACGCAUUUGUCGAGUUCCGCAGCGCUGAAGACGCGACCGCGGCUAUGGCGUUUGACGGAAUCAUCUUCCUCAAUGGGCCUCUCAAGAUUCGCCGUCCCAAGGAUUACGGUGGCCCGGACAUCAUUGCGCCUAACAUGCAUGUCCCCGGUGUUGUAUCCACCAACGUACCCGACUCGGCGAACAAGAUCUUCGUCGGUGGCCUGCCCAUGUAUCUGAAUGAGGAGCAGGUCAUGGAGCUGCUUAGCAGCUUUGGUGAGCUCAAGGCUUUCAACCUUGUGAGAGAAAACGGAAACGGCGCGUCCAAGGGCUUCGCGUUCUUCGAAUAUGUCGACCCCAGUGUCACUGACGUCGCCAUACAGUCGCUCAGCGGCAUGGAGCUAGGUGACAAGUACCUUGUCGUUCAGCGGGCGUCUGUUGGCGCCAAACCUGGCCAACCACCAAUCCCUGGCCUCUACGACGAGAACCCGGAAAUUCCGAAACCUAUUCUACCCGUCGGCGAUCUUUCCGAAUACGCCGACAUCUUGGAGGAUAUCAAAGAGGAGUGCAGUAACUACGGUCCAGUCGAGGACCUCCGCAUCCCGCGGCCGGUCAAGAAGGAUAAGGCCAAAUGGGGAGAGGGCGGGCGAGACGCAGCGAUCGCAGCUCAGCGCGCGGACGAAGCAGCAGGCGUCGGCCGGGUCUAUGUGAAAUUCGCGGACCCGGACGGGGCAGCGGCUGCGCUCCGUGCGCUCGCGGGGAGGAGUUUUGCGGGACGGAGCAUCAUUGCGACUUUGCUCAGCGAUGAGGCGAACACGACACCGCCGCUCAACCUCGUCUUCGCGCCGCAGCCGGAUGCGCCGCCGCCCCUCCCCGAGGACUAA